GUACGCCAUCGUCUCUUUCUCUCUCUCUCUCUUCCAAAAUCCUGUUAGCUCCGCACAGCUUCAAACCCCCCUUCAAAACAAAAAGUUUACAGUCGCAAAACCCCCCCUUCCCUCUCUUUCUAUUGCAUAUUGCUGCUCCAUCCAAAUCUCUUGUGCACAACAAGCUCUGUGUGAAAUCCCCCUCGAUUAUCACUUUAUUACGAUCCUGCCCCUUCCGUUUCGCAGCAAUUUUUCUUUCCUGAAUGCCCCUUUCGUGGUCUUCUCGUCGCCUUGUUCCGUGCUGUGCAACGAAGUUGAUUUCAAUCUUUAAUUUUAUGGAGCUUUAGGCGGCAUUGGUUGCUAAAUUUGUCUACAAAAGACCUUGUGCCAUUUUGGUGAUUUUUAUUGGCAAUCAAGUGGUUUGGUUGCUUCAAGUGAGAGUUGUGAAGAUUUGGAUGCCAUAAAACUACAUUUUAUUGAUUUGACGGGAUCCAAUGGAGUUAAAACUUUCAUCUCCAAAAUUAGGGGGACUUUCUCCUGAAUGUGCUAGUGAUCCUGAGGAGAAGGAAGUUAGUGAUGAUGAUGAUGAUGAUAGGAAUCAUAAGCAUCGUAGACGGGAGACUCGUUCUCAGUCUUUGGAGAGAGACAAUCUUGAUCAAGUUUUGACAAGGCCUUAUAGAAAGCGGAACAAACCUUUUCCAAAUGGGCAUUCUUUCAGAGAGAAUGAAUCCCAAACGAGUACGACGUGGAAAAAUUACAACUCCACUAAUUUGGAGAAAGACUUGUCUGCAAAAUUUGAUAAAAGGCGCACUGGCAUAGGACUGUUACCUCGGGCCCCUUUUGAUGUAAGUCAAAGAAUCCGGGCAAAUCAAGCAUUUACUGGAGACCCUGGUCCUGGUAGGGGUAGAGGAAGGGACUCUGGAUUGUGGAACCAACGUGAUGCUAGGUUCAGCGCUGAUAUUGCUUCUCAAAUGGUUCAGCAGGGCUCUAUUCCUGGUAGCCUGUUUUCUGGAAGAGGGUUGACAAAUGUUUCUAAUGCUCAGGGUGCAUCCUGGAAUGCGUUUGGAUUAAUUCCUGGAAUACCAAAUGGUGGCCUGGAUGCACUUCAUUCCAUUGGUUUGCAGGGUACACUCAGGCCGGCAAUUCAUUCUUCAUUGAACAUGGGUAUACCUCGCCAACGGUGUAGAGAUUUUGAGGAGCGUGGAUUUUGUCUAAGAGGGGACAUGUGUCCAAUGGAGCAUGGUGUCAAUCGGAUUGUUAUUGAAGAUGUUCAGAGUCUUUCACAGUUUAACCUUCCUGUUUCGCUUCCAAGUGCACAUAUACUCGGAACAACUGCUGGACCUGGAUCUCUAGCAUCAGCAAGUGCAUCUUCAACGACAUCAAUGAAUAGUAAAGGAUUACAGAACAAAAUGAGUAAGCCUGGAAUUGCUGACGAUGGCAUGGGUUUGAAUGGUCUGUAUCCGGGUUCGGGUUGCACAGGUGGGGCUGAUUUGUAUGAUCCUGACCAGCCCCUUUGGAAUAACAAUUGUCCUGAAACAUCAAAUUCACUUCUUGCCAUACAUUCACCCAAGAUUGAUGAAACCGAACCAUUAAAUGGCGACCCUUCAGAUAAUGAAUGCACAGUCAGAAGCACUGGAAAUGCUGCUGGUUUACAGAAUACAUCUGUUUGGGGUAGAAUUGGCGGUUCAAAAAGUAGAUUAGAGGUAAAAGAGAAAAUUGAUCCUGGAAUAAGUUCCUUAGAUUAUCUUGAGAAUGAAACUAAAGAGGAUAAGGAGGCAUUAGCUGUGAUUCAACCUACAUCCCGCCAAGGAAAACGAGUAAUUGCAGAGGAUGCUGGUCCAAAACGUAUGGAAUCAUCUUCCAAGCCACAGUUUGACACUAUGCGUAACACUCGGAAACAAUCGCAAAAAGCAUUGCGCACUCUAUUUGUAAAUGGAAUUCCUCUGAAAAGUAAUAAAAGGGAGGCACUUCUUUCUCAUUUUCAAAAGUUUGGAGAGAUUAUUGACAUCUACAUUCCUAUGAAUAGUGAACGGGCCUUUGUCCAGUUUUCAAAGAGGGAAGAGGCUGAGGCUGCAUUAAAGGCUCCUGAUGCUGUAAUGGGUAAUCGUUUUAUCAAGCUAUGGUGGGCCAAUCGUGAUAGCAUUCCCGAUGAUGGCAUAAGCAGCAGCAGCAGUGCAUGUGUAACUCCCCAUGGUGUGACAGCUGUUUCAGUUCCACCCAAUCCAUCUGUUGCUAGUAGUAGCAAAGAUAAUCAUCAAGCUGCUGCACCAAAAAGUAGUGUUGCCCAUACUCAAGAUCCUUCUCUAUCUGCCUCUGAUAAUGCUAGGCCUGUCAUCUCGAAUGGUCCCAAGGUUCAACCUCCUUCACAGAAGAAGCUAGAAACUUUGGAACAGUUGAAAGAACAACUCCGCAAGAAGCAGGAAAUGCUGGAUCAGAAGCGGAAUGAUUUCCGGCGAAAGUUAGACAAACUUGAGAAACAAGCUUCAGGACUCAAGGGUGAGUCAGACACAGAGCAAGUUGCUAAGAGACCAAAACGGGGAAUAGCGGCUGAUGUUGCUAAAGCUGCUACUCCAAGGCCUUCUGAUCCUGUCCCUACUGUGGUAUCACCACAUGCGGAGACAUCAUUGGACAAGAACUUAUCAGGGGAAAACAUUGUCUCCCAUAGUCCCAAAACCAAUACAAAUGUGCUAGUGCAGGAACCUGUGAGCUCAAAGCAGCAAGCAGUUCGUCCAUUAACACCAGUGGGGGCUCCUUUCCUGAUGAAUAGAUACAAAUUGGACAACCGCCCGACUGCCUUUAGAAUUUGUCCGCCUUUACCGGCUGGAUUGGCUAAUGUUGCUGUGUUGAAGGAACACUUCUUACCAUACGAUGAUCUUUCCAAUGUGGAGCUAGAAGACGUCGAGACCCAUGAUAAUAGUAGUGAAUCUGAGACAUCAAAAGAUUGCUCAGCAUGUAUAACUUUCACAACACGCCGUUCUGCUGAGAGAGCAUUUAUUAAUGGAAAAUGCUGGGAAGGCCAUAAUUUGAAAUUUACAUGGUUGCCAUCAAGUAUUUCUAGCAAUGACCGUGGUGGCAAAGAAAAUUCUCCUUCCACUCCCAAGGGGUUGUUGGAUGCUGACAUUCAUCCUGGAGAAAAACCAACAUCCAUUGUUUCCCAGGAAGCUGCUUCAUCGGGAACUGUAGAAGCUGAUUAUCUAGAAACAGAGAGUGGUGUUGAGCACUUGGAACUAGGUGAAAAUUCCCAGCCUACUCCAAGCCCAACAUCUGACAAGAAAGAGUCACCCAAAGGUGAGAUGCUUUGAGGAGGGGCUAAUUGUCGGACUUGUACAGUCAGGUAAAUUGUUAAAUCUUAGAAACACUCUUAUUUUGAGGAAUUUCUGCUUUAAGCUAUUGUUGAAAUUUAAUUUUCAAUUUUCUUCGUUAUUGUAAGCAUGGGACAUGUAGAAAAGGGAAAAAUUUCCUGAUUUUUGACUACCACUUGAAAGGAUAUUGGUUGGUAUAGUUGAGUGGUGACUUUAUAUUGUC